AAUACUUCCUAAGCACACUCGUCACUAAAUUUAGUAACGCAUCGUCAUGCUACAAAAAAGCCGAUAAUAAUAACCGUACCAAAUCAAAAUUCCACAAUCACUGAAAUUCACAAUCCCGCCAAUUCAUUUUCACUUCCAAACCCUAACCCCUCUUUCUCCCCCCAAAUUCCCUCUCCGCUAGUGUUUCUCUUCCACCACCGCAACCAUGCCAUCUCUGCACUCGCCAGGCAAAAUCCUCCGCCUGGAACUCUCCAACUUCAAAUCCUACAAAGGAUUCCAGCAAAUCGGCCCUUUCUACGAUUUCACCGCCAUCAUCGGCCCCAACGGCGCCGGAAAAUCCAACCUCAUGGAUGCUAUCAGCUUCGUCCUCGGCGUUCGCACCAACCAACUCCGUGGCGCUCAGUUGAAAGAUCUCAUCUACACUUUCGAUGAUCGUGAGAAAGAACACAAAGGUCGAAGAGCCUUUGUGAGAUUGGUUUAUCAGCUUGCGAAUGAAUCCGAAAUCAAAUUCACUAGAACUAUUACUUCUGCUGGUGCUAGUGAGUAUCGGAUUGAUGAUAGUGUUGUUAAUUGGGAUGUCUACAAUGCUAGACUCAAAUCCUUGGGGAUUCUCGUCAAAGCACGCAAUUUCUUGGUUUUUCAGGGUGAUGUGGAGUCGAUUGCGUCGAAGAAUCCGAAGGAGCUCACUGGGCUUAUUGAGCAGAUAUCUGGAUCUGAUGAGCUUAAGAGAGAUUAUGAGCAAUUUGAAGAAGAGAAAGCUUCUGCUGAAGAGAAAUCGGCACUUGUUUAUCAGAAGAAGAAGACGAUGGUGAUGGAGAGGAAGCAGAAGAAAGAACAGAAGGAAGAGGCGGAGAAACAUAUUCGCUUGCAGGAUCAAUUGAAAUCUAUGAAGAAGGAACAUUUUUUGUGGCAGUUGUUCAAUAUAGAAAAUGAUGUUGUUAAAACAACCGAGGAACUUGAAGCUGAUAAAAGAAGCCGUGAAGGUGUUAUUAAAGAAUUAGAAAAUUUUGAACAUGAAGCCGGCAAAAAGAAAAAAGAGCAAGCCAAGUAUCUGAAAGAAGUUAUGCUACGCGAGAAGAAAAUAGCUGAGAAAAGCAAUAGACUUGACAAGACUCAACCUGAGCUUCUGAAGUUAAAGGAGGAAAUGUCUCGUAUCAGUACAAAAAUUAAAAAAGGGAAGAAAGAGCUUGGCAAAAAAAGGGAAGAGCAAAAGGGGCACGCCAAAGAUAUAGCAGACCUACAGAGUGGUAUUGAGGAUCUUACAGGGAAAAUGAAAGACCUAAAUGAAAAGGGUCGAAAUGUUGGCGAUCAGAUUCAGUUAGAUGAUAAUGAGUUGCAAGAAUAUUUUAGAAUAAAAGAGGAAGCUGGGAUGAAAACCGCAAAGCUUAGAGAGGAAAAAGAACUUCUAGAUAGGCAGCAACAUGCUGAUAGUGAAGCUCAAAAUAAUUUGGAAGAAAAUCUUCAACAAUUAAAAAACCGGGAGGCUGAGCUGGAUUCACAGGAAAAGCAGAUGCGAGAAAGGCUUGAAAAAAUUCUUGAUAGUUCUGCAAAGAAUAAGGAUGUAGUUGAAGACUUGAAUAGACAAUUGCGUAAGAUGAAAGAAGAUCAUAGUGCAUCCAAGAGAAGGUAUGAUAACUUGAAGAUAAAAAUUGGCGAAAUAGAAAAUAAACUACGUGAUCUGAAGGCGGAUCGCUAUGAAAACGAGAGAGAUGCUAAAUUGUCUCAGGCUGUGGCAACUCUGAAACGCUUGUUUCAAGGAGUCCAUGGUCGCAUGACUGAUCUUUGUAGGCCUACACAGAAGAAGUAUAACCUAGCCGUUACAGUUGCUAUGGGUAAAUUAAUGGAUGCAGUUGUUGUGGAGGAUGAAAAGACCGGGAAGGAAUGCAUCAAGUAUUUAAAAGAGCAGAGGCUUCCUCCCCAGACAUUUAUUCCUCUACAAUCUAUUCGGGUGAAGCAAAUAAUGGAAAGAUUACGCUCAUUAGGGGGUACAGCAAAACUGGUUUUCGAUGUGAUCCAGUUUGAUCCCUCCUUGGAGAAGGCAAUUCUUUUUGCUGUUGGGAAUACUCUUGUUUGUGAAGACCUCGAGGAAGCCAAAAUUUUAAGCUGGAGCGGGGAGAGGUUUAAAGUUGUAACCGUGGAUGGAAUUUUGCUGACAAAAUCCGGCACAAUGACUGGUGGCACUAGUGGUGGAAUGGAAGCAAGGUCAAAACAGUGGGAUGACAAGAUACUUGAAGGAUUUGUCAAAAAGAAAGAGGAGUAUGAGUCGGAGUUGGAAGGGAUAGGAUCAAUAAGAGAUAUGCACGUUAAAGAGUCUGAAACAGAAGGGAAAAAAAGUGGACUUGAGAAGAAAAUUCAAUAUGCUGAGAUUGAAAAGAAAAGCAUUGAAGAUAAACUUUCAAAUUUUAGUCGUGAAAAGGGGACCAUCAAAGAAGAAAUUAAACGUAUUAGUCCAGAACUGAAGAAGUUAAGAGAUGCUGUUGAAAAGAGGAAUAAAGAAUUACAUACUCUUGAGAAGAGGAUAAAUGAAAUCACUGAUCGGAUCUACAAAGAAUUCAGCAAGUCAGUUGGGGUUGCAAACAUUCGCGAGUAUGAAGAAAAUCGACUCAAGGAUGCUCAAAGUCUAGCAGAGGAGAGGCUGAAACUGAGUAGCCAACUUUCAAAAUUAAAAUAUCAGUUGGAGUAUGAACAAAAUCGGGACAUGAGUUCACGGAUUCAAGAAUUGGAAUCUUUCGUAAGUGCUUUGGAGAUUGAUUUAAAAGGAGUACAUACCAAAGAGGCUGAAGCGAAGUUAGCAGCAGAGAAAGUUACUGAAGAGAUCAAUCAGUUAAAAGAUGAAGUUAAAGAGUGGAAAUCAGAGGCAGAGGAUCGUGAAAAGGAAAUCCAGGAAUGGAAGAAGAAGGCUUCUGCAGCCACAACAAGCUUAGCCAAACUUAAUCGUUUGAUUAGCUCAAAGGAGGCACAGAUUGAGCAGUUGAUUGGGCAAAAGCAGGAAAUCGUAGAAAAGUGUGAACUAGAGCAAAUUAGCCUUCCAAUCAUACCAGAUCCCAUGGAUACUGAUACUUCAACACCGGGUCCAGUUUUUGACUUUGAUAAGCUCAGUAGAACACUAAAAGAUAGGAGACAAUCUGACAGGGAUAAAAUAGAGGUAGACUUUAAGCAAAAAAUGGAUGCAUUGAUAUCUGAGAUCGAAAGAACAGCACCAAAUUUGAAGGCAUUGGACCAGUAUGAGGCUCUGCUUGGAAAAGAAAGAGCUGUAACUGAAGAGUUUGAAGCUGUCAGGAAAGAAGAGAAGGAAAAAGCCGAUAGAUUCAAUGAAGUAAAGCAGAAGAGAUAUGAUUUGUUCAUGGAUGCUUUCAACCAUAUCGCUGGUAAUAUAGAUAAAAUUUACAAACAACUUACAAAGAGCAACACACAUCCUCUGGGUGGAACAGCAUACUUAAAUUUGGAAAAUGAAGACGAUCCAUUUCUGCACGGCAUGAAGUACACUGCUAUGCCACCAACAAAGCGGUUCCGCGACAUGGAGCAACUAUCUGGUGGCGAAAAGACUGUUGCUGCACUUGCAUUGCUGUUCUCCAUCCACAGUUAUAGGCCUUCACCAUUUUUCAUACUGGAUGAAGUUGAUGCUGCAUUGGACAACUUGAAUGUUGCAAAGGUUGCUGGCUUUAUUCGUUCAAGAUCUUGUGAAGGAGCAAGGACUAAUCAGGAUGCUGAUGCCGGAUCUGGUUUUCAGAGUAUUGUAAUAUCUCUGAAAGACAGCUUCUAUGACAAAGCUGAAGCGUUAGUUGGGGUUUACAGGGACUCUGAGAGAGGCUGUUCGAGUACUCUCUCAUUUGAUCUACUCAAAUAUCGGGAGUCCUAAAAUUCAUCCAUUGGAUACAUAAUAUACAUUGCUUUUGAUGUACAGAGCUCGUGUUGCAGUUUUAUUUCUUGUUUAAUGGUUUUCGAACUGAUAUACUCUCGUCCUCUCUUAUCAAACUUGUGUUUAAAUUACCAGUUGCCUCUAUUGUGUAAAUAGGAAUUCCUGACCUCAUAGUAGAUGAUUAAAUGCCUUUUCCUUCACUAGAAGUGCUGUGUAGCUAGACUAGGUGGCCGAAUAUCUGUUGGUAAAUGUAUUGAAUUAAUUGAACUUUCUUCUCUGCCACGACUUGGUAUUCGUAAUAUUAUCUGCCAUAUAUGCAUUCCUCCCAUAA